AUGCUCCAGGGUCUCAACUUUGAACGCUACGAACCUAGAUUAUAUCUCGUCAGUCAAGGGGACAUAUUGAGUGCAGAAAAGGCAGCAGAAUUCGAGAGCAAAAGUUCAUUCCCACCGGCCUUCACCAUUGUAACGAUUCCUCGAGCGAGGAAAGUUCUGCAGCCUCUAUGGACUACGCCCUGGACGACCCUCAUCUCGUUGGUAUCCUGUCUUCAAGAGGUAUCCUUUGGACUAGUCGUUCGCGGGAAACCUUUUGCGGACCUGCUUCUCCUCAAUGGACCUGGGACAUGUGUUCCCCUAUUUAUCGCAGUUUUUAUCAAUAGAUUCCUUGGCCUCCCCUCUCCUCGCGUCGUCUACGUCGAGUCGUUCACCAGGGUCAAGAAGCUCUCACUCUCUGCACACCUUCUUCGGCCAUUCGUAGACUGUUUUGUUGUUCAAUGGCCCGGUCUGCAUCGAGGAGGUCGUCGGGACCGGUAUUCCGAUUGGCUCAUCUAA